AUGACUCGUGCUACUUCAAUCGCUCUCAUUGCUUCCCUCGCUGGCGCUGCUUUCGCUACUGAAUCAGUUGGUGAUUGCUCAAUCAACAACGUCAAGUGUUGUGACCAAGUUAAGGAUGUUAAGGACCUCGACGAAGGUACUGCUUCCCUCAUCGACAUUCCAGAACUCCUCGGACAAGUUGGUCUCCAAUGUGAUCAAGUUCCUAUCCUUGGUGUUGCUAUUCAAGACAUGUGUAAGAACACUGCUGCUUGUUGUGAUGGUACCACACAAAAUGGUCUUGUCAACGUCAACUGCACUCCUAUUCCACUCAUCUAG